CGGAGCCUGCCUCGUCUCGAAAUCGGGUGCGGGGUGCUCGAAGCAAGGCACUAGAGGAGGUUCAACAGGCCAUCGGCAGAUUUAUGAUGAUUGAUGCAAAGCCACACUAUUGGAUUCUUGGAGGGGGACUCACCUUUUUAUCCCUUUUGGCCAUAAGCGCCGCCACCACUACCCCGCACUCCGGAGCUGCAGAGCCUGCCGCGUCUCGAAAUUGGGUGCUAGGUGCUUGAAGCAAGGUACUAGGUGAGGUUCAACACGUCCAGGGUCUCCUAUUAUAAGUUGGUUGUCCUUGGGCCGCAGAGUGUUAAGGAAUUGAGCCCACUAAAUAUUGUCAUCCACAGCUUGAACACUCUACUUGAUUUCGGGAGACAGCUGCGCAACUACAGCAGUCAUGUCUCAGACACUCUCUGGCAAGGUUGCGAUUGUAACGGGUGCUGGUAGCGGCAUCAAUCUCGCCUUCGCAUCCGCUCUUCUUGACAAAGGCUGCAAUGUGGUCUUUGCCGAUCUUGGUCUCAGGCCAGAAGCUCAGGAGGUCGUUGGCACUCACCAGUCAAGCGCCCGGGGCCGUGGACGCGCUGUGUUCCAAAAAACCGAUGUGCGAGACUGGUCGCAGCUUGAGCAGAUGUUUGUAACGGCGGAACGUGAGUUUGGGCGCAUCGACAUUGUAUGCCCCGGCGCUGGCGUCUACGAACCAACAUUUAGCAACUUCUGGUGCCCUCCUGGAAGCUCGGGAAGCCAUGACUCUGUGGAUGGCGGCCGUUACGCCAUCCUUGACAUCAACCUGAUUCACCCGAUCCGAACGACGCAACUCGCGAUUUCUCGCUUUCUCAACGCAAAGCAACCUGGAAACAAGACCAUCGUUUUGAUCUCCAGUACAGCUGCGCAAGAUACGAGUAUUGCAACGCCGCUUUACGACGCAUCCAAGCAUGCCAUCAGCGGAUUCGUUCGUUCCCUCGGCGACAUCAGCUCAGCCAACAUACGCAUUGCUGCCGUCGCCCCAGGUAUCAUCAAGACCCCUAUAUACACAGACAACCCUGAGAAGUUGGCCAUGAUUGACGCUAGGGACGUCUGGGUGGAGCCGGAGGAGGUGGCUGCAGUCAUGGUCGCCUUGAUUGAGCGAGACACCAUGAGCGAGAAAAUCGGCGACUACUCUGAGAGCGGCGAUAUUUCCAUCGAGGGUGGUAUUAUCCUUGAAGUCACCAAAGGUCGGGCAAGGCCCGUAACCGCUUACAACGAUCCUGGGCCGUCUGGACCGGGUGCGCUGGCCUCGAACAUGGCUGCUUCUGAGCAGGCUGCUAGAAAUAUGCUGCGUCCUGGUUGGGGCUUUCCUCAUAGCCGGCUGUAGUAGAUAGCUGAAAAUACCAUUCGUCGUGCUUCCCUUCUCUCGAUCGUACGCGUGUUCUUUUCGCUUCGACCGUUGUCUAG